AUGCAGUUCCUCUUCUCCCGGCACAUCGCUCUGAUUGCUGCUUUGCCUUCGAUGAUUGCUGCGGACUCCAUGGCGAACACCCUUAUCUACGAAGGUCGCAACUGCUCCGGCACUCCAUUGGUCGUGUCGGUGGUCGGAUCCUCCGACUGUGAAGCGCUGGACUGCGUCUUCUUCAUCACCAACAGUGUUGUCUACUCCUCGGCCACGACCUGCGGAGACGUGGACCCAGAGACGUUCGUGGCCGACGCGUUCGCUGGUUCCAGCUAUGUGCUGAUCGAGACUUUCACCACCAACUGCAACCUGUUCCUGGGCGCCAAAGCGUACUUGGCUUCGGCGGAGUGCCUAUUAUACGACGAUUCCAGCGACUACGGGGUCGUUGCGGCGCUGCACGACGACGGAACCGCAAGCCUUGCCAUCUACAACGACAGCUCGUGCACCGGCACUCCGUUUAUGGGGUUCGCGCCGAAUAGCUCAGUGCUGUCGACUCACUCGCGCUUCAAGAACUACAGCGUGUUUUACUCCAGUACAAACCCCGGUCUUGACGCUUCCAGCUCCACUUCAACAAGUACCAGAGUAAGUAUCGCCACCGACAGCAGCGUCUCCAGCGACGGAAGCGAUACCGGUAACGACAUGGUCGGCAGCCCAAACUGUGACCAUGACGAAGGCUCCGAGGCUGGUAGGAACGCUACGGUCUCAAUCACACCGUCCGAGAGCAAAGGGGGUAUCAACACUGGAGCCAUUGUCGGCAUUCUCGUCGCCUACGUCUUGCUCUGCAUGGCGGCGUGCAUCUUGUGCAUGGAGAGAAUGGAGCGUCUGGGUCGCAGACUUCGGCUCAUACGGUGA